GUACGCCAGAGAUUACCUUUGGGCGAUAAACAUUGAAAUUUAAGUCAAAUGAAAAGUUAUUAGGUGAAUAUAAGAUUAAUAAAAUGAUUGCCUGCGCCAAAAAAUGCUCUUUUUCACUUUUUACAUUAUUCCUAUUUAUUUAUAAAUUGCUCAAAUUAAUGAUGAAUUUUACUCUUCGGCACUUCACUCAAGUUCCUAGCAAAUUCUGAUUGUAUACAAAAUUUCUUAACGUUUGUACGAAGGCUUCAAAACUGUUUUAAAUUGUUUUGGCGUUGCAAACAUAUAAACAACACCUAUAAUUUCCGUUUAGCCUCUCUAAAUUUCAAAUCUGACUCUAAUUCAUUGCCUAACUUUAAUUUUUUCUCAGCGUUAAUACGCACCACCCUGUAGUUGCUUGCGUUUCCGUACAGCUAACGGAAUUUAACGAAUGUCAAGCAACGCGUCAGUAUUAGUGCAUGUGUGUCCAAAAAAUGUACGCGUAAAUUGAAAGUUUAAAAUUCUUCGCCAAAUGUGUAAUUUCUCUGGCGAAUCUAAAUAAAAAGUGUUCUAAUCGCUUACUAAAUGUUUAAAUAUGAUCAAUAAAGAAAGUUUUUAAGCAAGAAAAAGCCCAUUUGAAUAAGUGCGAUGGUAAUUAUCUUGUGUCUAUAUCAUGCAGUGGAAAUGUGUUUAAGCAAAGUCAAUUGGAAGUGUAAAUGAAAAAUUUGUGUUUAAGCAAAGUCAACCCAUGCAAUUUUAAUAAGUACUAUUUAUGUAUAGAUGUAUGUAGGCAGCUGUUAUUUGUGAAUACGAAAGUGAGUGCAGUGUUUCAAGAAAUUUUAAUGAUAUCAAUUAUUAUUUAAACCGAACCGUUUCAAAAAUAUGUAUUUAAGUGCUCAAACGCGAAACUUAACGUUUCCACGCGCAAAUAAAAAUUCAAAAAAGUGAAGUAAUAGUUUUGCACCCAGUUGGAAACGGAUAAAUUAAAAUUAUUGCAGUGACGUGACAAAUCAAUGACAUCAUUGUCAACGGCAACAACAGCGACAGCCACGACGGUUGUCGAAACGUCAUGUGUUGCAACAACGACCGAUGCUGGUGGGGGCCUGAGCGAGAUGAUGGCUGAGGCAAAGCAAACGGUGAUAAGUAACAAUAACCCAAUAACCGAUAUUGUGAAAGAAACUAAUGCAAUGACGGCUGUAGCAACAAAUGGUACAACAACAACAGCAACAAAAACACCUAAUAUUGUAGCGGCUGGCAUGAAUGAUGUAGCAAUCAAGCAACUGCCUUCAGCAGCAAUAACAACACAACUCACGACCAACACGAGUAAAAUACCACACUUGCAGCAACCGCAACAACAACAACAGCAGCAACAUUCGCCACAGCACUCACAUGGCAGAGACUUGAAACAGCUAUUGCACUCAACCGAUCCAAUUCGUCGUUCCGCGUCAUUACGCAUGCGCGGCUCAAAGUCAAAUCUAUUAAACAAUUGCAGUGAGCACUUUGUGGAAAUGGAACGUGGCACGCGCCACCUGAGCAAUAUGCCAAACUCUACGGUUAGCCGCUACAACCACCCGCUCACAGGAGUGCUUGAAACACACCAACUGCAACAACAAAAACAAUUAUACGACCACCACGCCACACACACAGCCGGUACGCUUGGGGGUGCAACAGCAACGGCAACGCGUCGCAAGGCCACACUUUUGUUUGGUUCGGCGUUGUCCACGCAAACACCCGCUGUCACAGUUGGCAAUCUGACGCGUUCGCAAUCGCUGCGUCGCAGUUACCUAAAUUACAAUUAUAAUUCGCAACAAAAAUCGUCCAAAACGGAUGCAAUAAAGGAUCAAGGCACUGGAGGCGGCUCAUUUGUUGACUCUGGAGCUGGCACCGAGACAGCAAUUAAAGGCACUGCAACAGUGGAUAAUGUGGCGCUUCUAACUACGGAUACGCAGCAUGAGCUGCAGACGAGUGGUGGUGAAAACUGUGCCGUCCCAAAUGGUUUUAUGCAAGGAAAUGACAUAAUGUACAAAAGUGAUGGUGUUGGCGAGCAGCGCAGGAUUAACCGGGAUAUGCAGAGAAUGCUGGGAAAGGGAUACGUUAUGAGAUUGGGAGUUACGAGUUCUAUUGAUUUUCUGACACCAGUUUCAAAAGAAUUUUCUUUGAAUCUGAACGGUACUGGCAGCGAACGUUCGACAACAACGACAACGAAAUCUACAGUAGGGCCAGUAGCAGUAGGCACACCAGUAGGAAGCGGAAGCGUCGGCAAUAGGAUAACGGCAAUUACCGCAUCCACACCAAAAACGCCAAAUUACGUUGGAGCCAACACGCGUUACGUGAAAUCUUCACCAACUGCUGUACAGGAGACGAAAUUAACGCCAAAGACACCGCCCGUCACACCGGAUUCACCGUGUACGUACCUGGACGAUGAUUUAGAUUCGAUGUAUUCGUUUGCGACCACAACUUCCGGCCGUUCAACCAUGUCCUGUGAACAUCCCUAUGUUGCACGUAAUGGCACUACGUUUAGCGGCCGCAAGAUGAAAUACGUUGUACAUUGCUCCAAUUAUGCCGGUCAGGUGGGACCCGAUUAUUUAACACCUACGCAACGUGCUUCACGUCAGAUACGUCGCCUCAAGGAGCUACUUUGUAUGGCGCGGCAAGAUCUCGAACAGAAAGAUUCGGAAAUUUUGCGCCUCACACGUGAAGUUGUCGAGUUGCGUCUAUUCAAAGCCUCGCUGAGCUCACCCGAAGAGCGUUCAGCCUCUAGCGAUGCUGUUACUGUACGCGAAGCUGAACUAAAGACGUCGCAGGAUGUUUCGCCGAUUGUUGAUAUGGUCGAUGAUGCGUCCAAAUCAAGUCCACGUCAUAUACCCAAUCAACAUUUGCAUCAUCAUGCACAUAGCCAGCAUUUGCAUCACACUCAACCACUGACUUCGGAAAUGCAAAGUUCCUUUGCCGAUUCGGGUCAUUUCGAAGAUUUGUCGGUUCAUUCGAAGGAUUCUUAUGUUGCCCAUACACAGGAUAUUGCGUGUGGUAGUGACGAGGCAAUUGUCGCCAACGACAGUAAAUGUCACGAUGAGACCUGCGCUGCUGGUGAUGACACCGAAGAAGACUACACAGCCACCAUCAAAAACUAUGAGUUGCAGCGUCAGGAACUUAUACGCAUGUAUGAACAGAAAAUCGAAGAGUUGAUUCGCACACAAGAUGGUGCCAGCAGCGAGAUGAAACGUUCACACAAUGACAAAGUGGAGGCAUUAUUGCAAAAAUUGGCGGAGUGUAAUACCCGUUAUGCCGACAUUGUACCCGACUAUGAGCACGCCAAGGAACGUAUUCGUGAGUUGGAAAAACAGUUGGAGGACUUGCAACGUAAAUUGGCCGAACAUGAGGAUAAGCAGAACAAAAUGUAUUUGCAUAUGUACCAGAAGGGACAGGAAGCAGAGCGUAUUUCUCACGCUGAUCAGGCUCUCGAAUUAGCUUAUCGAGCACCGGAUAACAAGGUCUCCAUCAAUGAAUUGUUGCAUCAGUUGCAGAGUACACAAGAUGAAUUGGAAAAUAUACGCGCAGCUGGGUGUAGAAAAGAAAGCGGCAGUAAUCAUGCUCUCCUUACUGCAAAAGAAGCAAUUUCGUUAUGGGUUCUUGGCGCCCGGAAGACAAUUUAUCGACGGCUGCUAGAGGCGCAAAAGAAUCGCACGCAUGUCGACCCGGAGGUGACGCUGCAGUUCCUUAAGAGCGCCAUUUACUACUUCUUGACCGACAAGGAGAACUCGCAGGGCCACUUGCAGGCCAUCGAGAGCAUAUUGGAGUUCACCGAGGCUGAAAAGACAAACAUCAACAAAGCGCGCACGGCCAAGUAGAAAGCGUGAGCAAAGUAGCGGGAUUUUGCUAAACAUACACACAUAUUUAAAUACCUACAUUAGAAGCUGCAAGUAGUUGGGCGAAGCAAGGAUGCUUAAAAGACGAAGCUAUUUCGAAAACCAAAUUCAGCUUUGACAGCUUGGUUGAGACAAGUUUUUAAUUAGAAAUGCGAUAUAUAUUUUAAAAUGCAAAUAUUUCUAGGACAAAUAAAUUAAUUAAAAUUAUAAAAAUAUAUAUACUACUAAUAUGCAAGUAUAGUCGACGACUAUGUAGCGUUACGUACGAUACAGUGGGUGGUAAAGAGAAAAUAAGACAACAAAAAAAAAAAAA